AUGCAGCCAGAGAAGCAAUGGAGGAAGAAAAGCUUCAAGCAGAGACUGGCGUUGAAGAGCAGUUUGGCUAAAGAAACACUCUCCGAGUUCUUGGGCACGUGUAUAAUGAUCGUCCUCGGAUGUGGCUGUGUUGCCCAAGCCAUCCUCAGUCGAGGACGUUUUGGAGGAAUCGUCACUGUUAAUGUUGGAUUUGCAAUGGCGGUCACCAUGGCCAUUUAUGUGACUGGGGGUGUCUCCGGUGGCCACAUCAACCCUGCUGUGUCUUUUGCAAUGUGUCUCUUUGGACGGAUGAAAUGGUUCAAAUUUCCUUUUUAUGUGGGAGCCCAGUUCCUGGGAGCCUUCGUAGGGUCUGCAAUCCUCUUUGGUAUUUACUAUGAUGGAAUUAUGUCCUUUGCUGGUGGAAAACUGCUCAUUGAGGGAGAAAAUGCAACAGCACCCAUUUUUGCAACGUACCCAGCUUCGUAUCUGUCUUUGGCAAAUGCAUUUGCAGACCAAGUAAUGUCCACCAUGUUCCUCCUCCUGGUUGUCUUUGCCCUCUUUGACUCCAAAAACUGGGGAGUCCCCAAAGGCCUAGAGCCCAUUGCCAUCGGCCUCCUGAUUAUUGUCCUUUCUUCCUCUAUGGGAUUGAACUGUGGCUGUGCCAUGAAUCCAGCUCGAGACCUGAGUCCCAGGCUUUUCACUGCUUUGGCAGGAUGGGGGUUUGAUGUCUUCAGAGUUGGAAAUAACUUCUGGUGGAUUCCUGUUGUGGCCCCUAUGGUUGGUGCUGCCAUUGGAGGCCUCGUCUAUAUUCUUCUCAUUGAAAUCCACCACCCAAGCCCGAACCCAGACUUUGAGGCAGAAGCACCGGAGGACAAACUAGAGAAACACGAACUUAGUGUGGUCAUGUAG